AUGUCUGGCUCCAAUAACAGUCCGCCAGGCCAAGGGUUUCCAGGCCAAGGGUUUCCAGGUCGUGGGCAGCAUCCUCCUUCCUACCCUCCUGCUCCUCGUGGUUUCCACCAUCACCAUUAUCAGCAGCAUCCUCCACGUGUGCCUCACACUCACCACAGUGGUCCCAACCCUUGCUUGCCCAAUGCUGCCUUUUUUGCUAGACAACCACCCGAUUCGUUUGCCACGCCCUUCCCUGCUGGCUAUCCUGCACCACGUCCUUAUGGGUAUGCUGCACAUCCGCCGACACAGCUCCAACGCCAACAUCCGUUACCCCACCACGGCUACCAUCCGGUACCCGGGGCGCAACCUCAUCCUGCUGGCCAUGGCUACACUCCACCAGCUGCUACCCAGAAAAAUCAUUACAAGCAAAAUCACCAAGUGCAGCAGCGACGGCAGCAUUCUCAGGAACUAGUGGUAGCGGCUGCUGCCCCAAAUCAGUCAAAACACAACCAAGCCAUGCAGUUACCUUGGCAGCCACACCCACCACCAUCACACUGCCGUUGUCCACCAACAAAUCCAGCUUGGGAAGAGAGCAAGGGAAACUCAUUUCAGCAGCAAACAAAUCGCAAGGCUACGAAAGAAACAAGAGGGCUAGAGGCACCCUUAGAUCAAAACGAAUCUUGGAAUCUGUACUAUGCGCAGCUCACGAAAUUUCGUCGUGACAAUGGACACUGUGUAGUUCCUGCAUCGAUUCCCGGUGAUAAAAAAUUUGCUAAUUGGGCCCGAACACAGAGAACUCAAUGGAAGGAGGGCACGAUGAAGCCUCAUCGAAGGGAAAAGCUUGAGGCACUUGACUUUGAUUGUGAAGAUACCAAAUGGAAUGCUUUUUUUGACAAGCUUCAGAAAUUCAAGGCAGACAACAACAAUGGUAAAUACGUGCCUACGAAAAAGGAAAACCAAACGCUGCGCCAUUGGGCAGAUACACAACGAAAGCGCAUGAGGAAUCUCAAACCCGAGUGGAAACAAAAGAUGUUUCAACAUUUCGAUCGAACUCCAGAGAUAGAGACAGCCAAACGGGGUGCGAGUGAAUUGCGUGGGAGGGCCAAGGGCACUGGGGAAGCUGGAACAACAACCGACCAAAAUGCUGCUCUGGGUGAGAAGAACAUGGGUAAUGAAGAGCUCACCUCGGCCACCGCGAGCAAUGCUGCCAGUGAACGAUACACGACUGCCAAGAGCACCGGGGUACCUGCAACAACAACAACCGACGAAAAUGCUGCUCUGUGUGUGAAAAACAGCGACAAAGAGCUCACCUCGGCCACCGCGAGCAGCGAGGAGGAGGCUGCUGUUACGAUUCAGGAGGAUGUUGGAGCUCAAGCUGGGGGUGAGGAUUCCCAAGGUCCGUCUGCGAACAAUGCCACAAUUAACAAUCCAGUUGCUACCAAAGACAAGCAAAACUACCCUAGUCCAGUUUGUCAGGAACAGAAUCAAGCAACGUCUCGCACAGGUGCCAUCAACAAAACGGACUGCCCUGGCUGCACUGGCCGUAGCCGAGCGAAGAAAUUCCAAAACCAGCAAUCCGUUGCCGCGGCGGUGGCCUGGAUGCAAGCGUACGACAAAAAGCAAAAAAAGCAGCCCAAGAAAGGCAACACCAAGAAAGGCAACAAAAAGCGCAAGCGGGGAGGGCGCGACAAAGCCACCGCCAACAACAACACCUGCAAGCAGAAGCCGACGAUGGUGGAAACAUACGUCAACACACUCUGCCAAUACAUUGAAUAUGCUGACAAUGAGUCCGAUGACAGCACCAAUGACAACAAUGCAUCCACCAAUGACACCGAGUCUACCGGUACCAGUAAUACAGAGUUGCUUUGUGAUGGCUGCGCAAACCACUGGAACGAUUUGCUCAAGACGCAUUUUGAGGAUCGCAAGAAGGAAUUCGCUGAUCCCCUCAAUGUGUCGAAGCAUGAAUUCAAAGUCUUGGGAAUUGACGAAUGCGACAUGCUUGAUCUUGCCGAUCUCCUACAGAUAGACUGCCAAAAGCAUGGCGGUGGUAUCGUUGCCACCACUAAGGGUGCGAAUGUAAAGUAUUUCUACUUUGGCAAAACAGAUGGAAAGAAAUCGUGGAAAGAUCAUGAUGCACUGCAAGAGCUAGAGAACGCAACAAACGCAAUUGAAAAAAUGGGAAACCUAAUUGCGAGCAAACUGCCCCUCGGGAUCAAGGGAUAUCGGCAAGACCCAGCCAUGCUCUACACCAAGAAGACAGACACCCAAGGUGCUCAUCGGGAUCAACGUGGUUUCUGCGAUCUGUACACGCAUGAUCGUGGUUUGGGUGAUGGUGAAACGUGCCUCCCGUCGGAUCGGAGCAAGAGAGAGACGAAGCUCCUCCCAUGGAUUUGGCACUGCCCAUUGACCCCCGAGGGCAUGGAGUUGAACUACUGGCCCGGUGGAUGCGACCCAGAGGAUCCGCCAAUUCGCAUUCACAUCCCGUACGGAGCCUCCUUACUGGCGCGAAUUGAUGCCAUUCACGGAGGUGGCUUGGGUCGCCCGGGAAAUCGGCGUUUGCACAUUGCAUUCUGGCCCUUCAGCACAGCGAUUCGAGAAGCAGGGGAAAAGCUGGGGCUGCCGCCGAAAGUGAUUGACUUUCGCAAAAAAUGCGGCAGGGCAGAUGUGGGGUAUUCUGGCCGGGGACUGGAUGUGUUAAACAAUCGACUGGGGGAUCCCAAGGCCCAUGGGCGCCCAAACGAAAUCUCCUUGUACUCGGAUGUAGGCGGCCCCAACCUUUGCCGAAAGGUGGGUCCGGUGAUCCUCGGGCAGCGGGGCUAUCUUCAGGGGAUGCGGGACAACAUGAUUUUCGGGGCGGAUUUUCAGGGGAAGUGGGCAAGGAAGUGGAACCACUGGGAGCAGAAGAAAGGCGAUGAAGCAGAUCGGAAGUUGGCGGCGGCGGCGGCGACGACGACGAAAACAGCAACAACAACAACAAGAACAACAACGGACAAGCCCAAGGGUCCUAUCGGCGAAAAAAGCACGCGUUCUGCCACGGGCGAACAACGCACGCAGCCAUCCAGGGGCAGCAAAAAGCGUCGGAUAUACGGACCUUAG